GAAAUCGGGUAUCAGCUAAAAUGCCGUCUAGCUAGAUCACAUUUUAGAUGCAGAAUUGUCUGCAGUUAGUUGCACGCUAGAUCAAGACCCCCUACUCGCGUUAAGGUAUAUUAGGCGACGGGGCUACUAGAUCAAACUUUCUUUUGUCAGGAAGGUUAGCGUUAAUGUAGGCUAUUGUGCUCCUAUACUGAGAACAUCAACACUUUCUUACUUUGCAACUUCUUUGCUGGGGAGACAGAAAUUAAGAAGAAGUAGAAGUAUAUGCGGAAGAGUUGGUGAGAUCUAGGUUAUGUGGUGUGUGGUAAACAUUUACCGUUAUUUUGGUCAGCUAGGUUUCAGAGGUUGCGUUUGUGUUUCAACUUUCUGGGUGUUAACAACAGCAUGUUUGCUCACUGGCGUUUUGUUGAGCUGCGUUUUAUGAGCAAUCGCAAGAUAGAAGACGCUGGUGUUAAUUAAUGUGUAUUAGAGCAUUGUCACCUGGCAAUCUGUCUGUAGAUGCACUGCCUUACUUAAUCAGUUCACGUUUCUUCACGCGUUCUUGCCAAGGUGGCUCCUCUUUCAAUCGGAUCAAGUCUUACAAAGACGACAAGAUUAGCCUAGUUAGUGCGCUCAACGCAGGAUUCGUGUUAUUUUCUCCCUGUGCGCGAUUCAUCUGCUCCAUGCUUUGAGCUGUCACCGCCACGCGUCCCUGAGAUGCCUCUCGGUCAACCGAGAAGAGAGCGCAGUGGCGGAGUGUAGAAAAGCUAUUUCACGACCUUUGUUCGCCUGGGGUCCUGCGUGUAGUUCUCCGUAGCAGCCUGCAGGGGGCAAGCACAAGCGGCCUCUGCCCCUCCUCCCCUCCCUCCCUCCGGCUGCCAGAGACCCAGCCCCCCUGUUCAUGGAUGCCCGGCUGGGCCUGCUGCACGCUGGGGCUCUUCUGCUCCCCCCUACACCUACACCUCCACCUCCACCUCCUCCUCCUCCUCCAGCUCCUCCUUCCCCUGAGGACCCUGGGGGGCCACGCCACCACCGCUGCAGGCACCUACUCCAACUCCUGGGCCGUGCACAUCGCCGGCGGCGCCCAUGAAGCCGAGAGGAUCGCCAGGAAACACGGCUUCGUCAACCAUGGCAACGUAUUUGGUGAUUACUAUCACUUCCAGCAUCACUCUCUGGUGAAGAGAUCUCUCUCUGCUCAUCGGGGACUUCAAGUUCGACUGUGCUCCGAACCACAGGUGCUGUGGCUGGAGCAGCAGGUGGUGAAGCAGAGAAGACGGAGGCAGGUGUUCACUGAGCCCUCUGACCCAAAGUUCUCCCAACAGUGGUACCUGUCUAACCCAAGCCAUCGAGACCUGAAUGUGAAGGAGGCGUGGGCACAGGGCUACACUGGGAAGGGUGUAGUGGUCACUAUCUUAGAUGAUGGCAUAGAGAAGGACCACCCUGACCUGGCAAAAAACUACGAUCCAGAUGCCAGUUACGAUGUGAAUGACAGAGACCCGGAUCCACAGCCUCGUUAUACACAGCUCAAUGACAACAGGCAUGGGACACGCUGUGCCGGGGAGGUGGCCGCCGUCGCUAGCAACGGCAUCUGUGGUGUGGGUGUGGCUUACAAUGCCAAGAUUGGAGGCGUGCGUAUGCUGGACGGCGAGGUGACUGAUGUAGUGGAGGCACGCUCCCUGAGCCUCUACAACCAGUACAUCCACAUCUACAGCGCCAGCUGGGGACCCGAGGACGACGGCAAGACUGUGGAUGGCCCUGCCAAGAUGGCCAAGGAGGCCUUCCAAACAGGGGUCGCAGAGGGCCGUGGCGGGCUGGGCUCCAUCUUCGUGUGGGCGUCGGGUAACGGCGGCCGUGAGCGGGACAGCUGCAACUGCGACGGCUACACCAACAGCAUCUACACGCUGUCCAUCAGCAGCACCACCCAGCUGGGCAGAGUGCCCUGGUACAGCGAGGCCUGCUCCUCCACCCUCGCCACCACCUACAGCAGCGGAGGCACCGACGAGAAACAGAUAGUGACAACAGAUCUGCAUCAGAAGUGCACCGACUCCCACACAGGCACCUCUGCCUCUGCUCCGCUGGCCGCUGGAGUCAUCGCACUCGCUCUGGAAGCCAAUAUGAACCUGACGUGGAGGGACAUGCAGCACCUGGUGGUGCACACCUCACGCCCCGCCCACCUCAUCGCCAGCGACUGGAAGACCAAUGGGGUCGGCCGGAGAGUGAGCCAUUCGUAUGGAUACGGGCUGCUGGAUGCCAGUGCUAUGGUGUCUCUGGCUCAGAACUGGACAAGCGUUGGACCUCAGCACCAGUGCGUCAUUCACCUGCUCUCUGAGUCCAGGGAGUUCCAGGCACCCCUGGUGUUCAGUAAGAGUAUAGACGCGUGCUCGGGGCAGGCUGAGUUUGUGAGCUCCCUGGAGCACGUUCAGGCGCGCCUCACCCUCUCCUACAAGCACAGGGGCAACCUGGCCAUCCAUCUCAUUAGCCCACUGGGGACGCGCUCCACGCUGCUUCAUCCCAGGCCCCAGGACACAUCCGCUGAUGGCUUUAACGACUGGGCCUUCAUGACCACGCACUGCUGGGACGAAGACCCCCGUGGGGAAUGGACCCUGGAGAUCCAGGAUGCCUCGGGACUCAGUAACUAUGGUAUGCUGUCUCAGGUCACUCUGGUUCUGUACGGUACUGGUUCUAGUGCUGCUGACCCGGCCGUCUCAGAGCUCAGCCGUCCGACCAACAACAGCUGCAAGACCUUCGACCUGCAGCAGAUCUGCAUCGAGUGCAGCGCAGGCUUCUCGCUCUUCCUGCAGGGCUGUGUGAAGGUGUGCCCGGCCGGCUUCAUCGCAGGGCUGCAGCAGCUCAAUCUGUCUCUGGAGACCUGGGUGGAGCAGUCGUCGGUCCAGGCCUGCCUGCCCUGCCACUCGUCCUGCCUGACCUGCUCCGGGCCCGGCCCCUCCGACUGCCUCUCCUGCCCCACACACAGCCACAUGCUCCUGGGCGCCUGCCUUAACCAGAGCCCAGUCCAGCGCAAGUCCCCCGGCGGGCCCGCCGCGUCUGCAGGGGAAGGGGCCAGCGGCGGGGUGGAGAAGGGAGGAGGAGGGAAGGGACCGUUCCAGCCGAUACCCCGGGAGCCGUCGUCCAGCCACCUGCCCGCUCUGGUGGGCCUGCUCAUCUGUGCCUUGGCCCUGGCCGGCGUGGGCGGCGUCUUCCUGCUGCUGCAGUGGCGCUCUGACACCGGCGCCCCCAGUGGCCGGAGGACUAAACUGCCCUCGCUGGCUUCAGCCGGACUGGGGCUUGGUUUGGGACUGGGGGUGCGCGAUGGGGGGCCCAGGGUGUUCUACAGGGGGAUCCCCACGGUGUGGGGGGACGAGGAGCUGGCCGACGGAACCUGCUGCCGAGUCGACGGCGACUCAGAGUCGGAGAACGAGGAGUUUGACUGCCAGAGCGAGCGGACGGCCUUCAUCAGGACUCAGAGCUCUCUGUAGCAACGUUGCUGCACUCCUCCGCCCGCCUGCUGCCUAUGCUGCUGCACCUCCUCCUCCUCCUCCUCAUCUUCACCCGCAGGGAGCAAACCUCUGACUCUCUCCCCAUCUGCUUCUAGCUCCUGCCAUCCUGCUCUUGCUCUCCAAAUCCAGAUGCACCUUACCCCUCUCUCUCUUUUUAUGACACUCUUCUUCCCUCUUUUCCCCUCUCUCUCUCUCUCUCUCUCUCUCUCUUCCCUCUGGCACUUGUUUUGGAUGAACAAGUGAACAGCAGGGUGGGUGUUGGAGGGGGAGAUAGAGGGGGAGAUGGGGGUCUGACCUGGCAGAGCUGGGCCUCUGUCAGCAACACGACAGGUAGCGCUAGCGGCCGCGCUCAGAUGGAUGUCCUGGGAGGGGCGCAAAGCUCAGUAGCAGAUGUGAGUGUUGGCGAUGAGGGAGAGAGAGAGAGAGAGAAGAGAGAAGGAAAGACACAGAGGGUAGCAGACUCUACGCUAGAUGUGUGACCUGUGACAAGCUUUUCUGUGCCCUGAAUUUCCUUACUAACACACACACACACACACACACACACACACACACACACACCACCACCGUGACUACCACCGAUGUAUUUUUUUUAUCCUCUGCGCUCUGUGCUUUAAGGAGGCUGUAUGUCACACUUCUUUGUGUGUGGGUGCAGUGGUAUGCGAGUUUGUAUGUGUGUUUUUCAAAGUGAUAGGAGAUGAACCUAAGGGCUGUAACUGUUUGCACUAGUUCAGAAGGCAGCAAGCAUUGCAGAGUGUUGUUGCUAGCGUUGUCAGCGCUGAGGUUAUAUGCACAGCUGGGUUGCCCGGGAGAUGCUCAGCUCCUCUUCCUGUUUUGGCAGCACCUAAAAUACAGCCUCCAAAGUGACCCCACCCACUACAUUCACAAUCAUUGAUUCGGCUCUUCCCAACAAGGUUAUUAUAGCACUCUUGCAAUGCCAUUGAAGUCUUGGUGUCUCUCUCGAGUAGAAGAACCUUACAGUAAUCGCUAUUUCACCUUUCGUGACGUAUCGCAACUCUAAUAUGUUUAUGCAGAGAAAGGUAUAAUUAAGUGAUUAUGCUGUGUGUGCGUGUAUGGAGGAUGAUAAACGGUGUGUGAUUCAUGAAUAGCAGUGAGAAGCAGCCUUAAAGGAUCGUUAGAUAGAGUGCGCACACACACACACACACACACUUACCAAUUAUCCAAAACAAUGCAGUAGAAAAAUCCCCUCUGCCUCCCCUGUCGAGCUUUGUUGUGUGAAGUGUGAGGUAUUUACAAGUGCUUUAAAGAUCCCUCUGUACACAUCAACUGCAUUUUUUAAAGAACCAAAUGUGUUUUUAUUUUUUUUUCUUGGUCUUUUUACUCUUGCUUUUUCUUUAGGAUCCCACAGUGCACAAACUGAGAACAUUUAGGCCUACUGUUUUUAUCCCCAAAGAUGCUGUAUUGAUUUUCAGGUUUUCAGCUAAAAACAUGUCUCGGUUUUAUUCGAGUUUAAUUGUCACAAGAAAGAGAUUUUGUGUGUGUGCUUGUGUGCGUGCGUGCUUAUUUCUAAAGGUCAGAGCAUAUCUCUUACGAUUGUAUCACUGAGCACACAGGAGUGAAGAAUUACAUCUGCAUUGAGACUACAUGUUAGCACAAAGCAGCCUAUUUUAAAUUUCAAGUCCAGUAUUUUCUAGCUUUUUCUCUAUUUAACUGAUGUUGAUACAAUGUAUAUUAAAUUAAUUGUUAAGAAACA